AUGUACCAAACACUUCGGUCGGAUGAGUACCUUAUCCCUCCAAUGACCAACAGUUCGAAAGUUACGAUGCUGGUAGGCGACUCCCCAACGCACAUCCUAGACAUCGGAACCGGCAAGGGCACUUGGGCGAUCGAUGUUGCUGACAUGUUCCUGGCAACCACUGUUCGGGGAGUAGAUCUUUUCCCACCUCCUGUCAACUGGGUACCGCCGAACUGCGUUCUAGAGGUUGACUAUGUGCUACGGGAAUGGAUAUGGAUCCUCCGGAGUGGGAUUUGGUCUACAAAAGAUGUUAUGAGUUAG